AUGAAAAGUGAUCCCAAAUUUCCAGAGUUCCUCCUUAUUCACUGCAUCAUUCAUCGUCAACACCUAGCAGCCAGAUACUUCAGGUACGAAAAUGUUAUGAAAUUUGUCCUAGAUAUUGUCAAAUUCAUCCGCUCAAAUGGGAAGACCCACCGACAGUUAAAAAACUUUAAUGAAGAACUGGAGCUUGAAGACAAUCCCAACGAUGUCUCUUUCUACUGCAUUGUGAGGUGGCUGUCGACCAGCAACGUCCUGAAUGGGUUUGUAGAUCUGUUGGACCCUCUCACUACUUUUCUUGAAGAAAGAAAAAGAGCCUAUCCUCAACUGGAAAAUGAUGAAUGGAUGCAAGAUCUGGUGUUCCUUACUGAUAUAAUGAAACCUCUACAAACUCUCAACUUGGCACUCCAGGGGAAGGAAAAGAUUAUUUCCUAUCUUACUCAAAAAAUUUUCAGCUUCCAGAAUAAAAUAAGAGUUUUUCAAAGAAACACACUGUCAAGAAACUUCAGCCACUUCCCCCAUCUCAAAAGGAGAGUAAAUAGAUUCCCUGAUAUUGAAAUAAAAGACCACAAACUAGAAGAAUACAAAGAUAAAUUACAAGGACUGCUUGACAAUUUCCUAGCCAGAUUUCAUUAUUUGCAGAAGCUGAAACCCUGCUUCACCUUUCUUAUAAAUCCAUUCAUGGUUAAUGUAAUCAAUGGUGGUUGUCCGAUUCUCGAACCUCUGGUUACAGAAUCAGCUGCUGUGGAAAUGGAACUAAUGGAAUUUCAGGAGGACCUGGGUCUAAAGAUGAUCCAUAAAUCUCAGUCUACAGUUGAGUUCUGGAAGCAAGUUCCAGAAACAAAAUAG